GACCAGAACAGAAGGAACGCCUCCACAGCAGAGGAUGAUUUUCUCCACAGGAAAGCAAAACGUGCUGGUUUUCUGCAGAGACUUGUUGUAGAGGACAGACAUCCAGCUUUGUUCAGUAGGAUCUGACUUGAGCAUGAAUCCUUAGCUCUGCUGCCAUUCUGCUGUGUGAUGGGAAAGAGGAGAAACAAGGGGAGGAAGGGAGCUGGAGGUGUAGGAGAGGGAUUCUCCUGACCGUCAAUCAUCUUUAUCGCUCGCAUCCAGGCAUGUCCCACAUGAUGCAUUCGAGGAAAAGCAGCGUUGGUCCUGCAGAGUCCAGCUCCUGCAGCCAGAGGACAGAGGGCAACAUGAGGAGCAAGAACAGUAACGGCUUGUUGGCUCAACAAAACAAGAACAACUGCAACAACAAUGAUGGAAAAAAAGAUGAAAAAAAGGAUGAGAAAAAAGACGAGAAGAAGGAUGUGAAGAAGGAUGACAAGAAGGAUGACAAGAAAGAUGACAAGAAGGAUGACAAGAAAAAGGAAGAGCCAAAGGAAGUGUGGAUCAUGGACCCUGCCACAGAUAUGUACUACUACUGGCUGGCCACAAUAUCCAUCCCAGUGUUCUACAACCUCAUGUUCCUGGUGGCCAGGGCUUGUUUUAAUGAACUGCAAUAUAAAAACUCCACACUAUGGACCGUUUUGGACUACAUUUCAGAUGCCCUGUACGCCGCUGACACUUUUGUGAGAGCCAGAACAGGUUUUCUAGAGCAAGGACUGCUGGUAAGGGACUCAAAGGUCCUGAAAGACAAAUACAUUAAAACACGUCAAUUCAAAUUUGACGUCUUAUCUCUUCUCCCCACUGAUCUUGCAUUCAUUAAACUUGGAGUCAACAACCCAGAAUGGAGGUUCAACCGCCUCUUUAGGUUUGGCCGACUCUUUGAGUUCUUCGAUCGCACUGAAACUCGGACCAAUUUCCCUAACAUAUUCCGAAUUGCUAACCUUGUUCUUUACAUCAUCAUCAUCAUCCACUGGAAUGCUUGCCUCUACUUCGCCUUCUCCAAGGUGCUCGGCUUUGGCUCGGACACCUGGGUGUAUCCAGACAUCAAGAACCGCGAGCACGCUCGUCUGGCCAGGCAGUACAUCUACUGCUUUUACUGGUCCACUCUUACCCUGACCACUAUUGGAGAGACGCCUCCCCCUGUUAGAGAUGUUGAAUACUUUUUUGUGGUCGUCGACUUCCUCACUGGUGUUCUGAUCUUUGCCACCAUUGUGGGAAAUGUUGGUGCUAUGAUUUCCAACAUGAACGCUGGACGUGUUGAGUUCCAGGCUAAGAUUGACUCCAUUAAACAGUACAUGCACUUUCGGAAGGUCACCAAGGACCUGGAGGCAAGGGUGGUGAAGUGGUUUGACUAUCUGUGGACCGAGGACAAAACCUGUGACGAGAAGCAGGUAUUGAAGAACCUGCCAGACAAACUAAAAGCUGAGAUAGCCAUCAAUGUCCACCUGGAGACGCUGAAAAAAGUGCGCAUCUUUCAAGACUGUGAAGCGGGUUUGCUUGUUGAGUUGGUCCUCAAGCUUCAGCCUCAAGUUUUCAGUCCUGGUGACUACAUCUGCAAGAAAGGAGAUAUUGGCAGGGAAAUGUACAUCAUCAAAGAAGGAAAACUGGCUGUUGUCGCAGACGAUGGGGUCACCCAGUUUGUGGUUCUCAGUGACGGGGCAUACUUUGGUGAAAUCAGUAUCCUGGGAAUCAAGGGCAGUAAGGCAGGAAACCGAAGAACAGCCAACAUCCGGAGUGUUGGCUAUUCUGAUUUGUUUGCCCUGUCCAAAGACGACCUGAUGGAGGCGCUCACCGAGUAUCCCGAUGCAAAAUAUGCACUAGAAGAAAAGGGAAGGGCCAUCCUGAUGAAAGAUAAUCUCAUAGAUGAGUCACUGGUCACUGCUGCUGAUGCCAAAGACUUGGAGGACAAAGUCAACCACGUUGAAUCCAGCAUGGAAAUCAUGUCAAGCAAAUUAAAAAAGCUCACAGAACAGUACGAAUCUUCUCAGCGUAAACUUAAGCAGCGUCUCGCGAAUCUAUCAAACCAGGUCCGAACCAUGAGAGUAGAUGAGUAACCCUUGGUUUGGUAUUAAUACUGCCCAGCUUUGCCUCUCCUUUCAUUUCUGAGGCCAUCCCGUGGUAGUGAAGGACUUUUUGUAAACACCAGAAGGCAGCUGACCUGCAGAUGAACUGUCUGUUUCCAGCCUUUAAUAAGGUUACAAUGAAAUAAAAGUUAAGCAUUCACACACAUAGAGUGAUGCAUUGGGUCUAGGAAAUCAAAAAAUAACAGCUUCUCUAUCUUGUUUACUUUAAAUAUUUUGUUAUGUUUUGUGGUGUACAGCAUUAUUUAUUUUAUUGAUUCAUAAAAAUAACCUUUUUCUUGAUUAAAAAAAGUUAGUACUUUCUUACAGACGGGAUGACUCUGCAGUUGGAAUUUUGUUUUUCGAGUCAUCCUUGCACAUGUGAAGCUAUUCGGGUGAUUCAUAGCUCAAAUAAAUUUAUAUCAAUAACAAUAACAUA